UACAGAAAACGAAAGAAAAGAAUAGGAAGAAUAUAGUGAAGAGAGGAAAGAAAUAUAUUAGACAUCAGGAAGAACAUAUUGACAGUAAAAGCUGUCAAUCAGUGGCUCCUGUGUAGGGUGGUUUCUUCAAACAGAGGCUGGAUAUCCAAAUACAGGGAGAUUUAAGUCUAAUUCAGGAUCCUUUGACUUUAAAGAGUACAUUUUUAAAUUGACUAGCAAUAGAGCAACUAAUUCAAGCUAUACCAUUUCCGCACAACUGGCAGAUUCAAUUCAGCACUCUGCUCUGGGAAUAUAUCACAAAGAAAAUCAGAAUAUUACUUGGAGUCUUGCCAAAAUGUUCUAUUCAGAUUUUUCCCCAAAUGACGAAACCUUUGAAUUCAAUGACCUACUGCCUAGGGAUAUUCUAAACGAAUGGAAUGUAUUUCCCUGUCCCGGCCCAUUCUUCUCCUCCUUAUCUCAGUCUGAAAUGGCCAUCCCAGAGAUUAAAAAAAUAUGGGUGAGAAAACACCUUUGUAAUGGAUACGGAGAGAUUAAAUCUUGACUAUCAUUUUUAGGAUUGCCAGAACAGACUAGUUCUAAAGAGCCAGACUGGAUUUAUUAGCAGACGAUUAAAAACUGUCAAUUGCAGUCAUUGAAAAUGGUGUUGUCAACAAGGCAGAGAAUUCCUCUUACGUUGCCUAAGGGACUAUUCAAGAUUUGCUUCUGGUACAACUUUGUCACUUCCUCUUGUUUCCAUGCUUUUCAGUCUCAUUUAUGAACUGUAAAUGUUUACAGGAAGAACAGAAGGUGGGGAAAAAACCUACGUGGAAUGAAUUUUUCCACCAUCCUUACUUGUUUACACCUUCGUGUAAAAUCAGAGGUUUCUUUUUCUCUUGAUGCCCUUUUGGAAAAAAAAAGGUUGAGAUACAAGGGACUGUAGAUUGUGGCAAAGUUGAGGAAAACCCAGUUUGUGACGCCCCCUCAACCACAACCCUCUUGAGGGGCUUUUGGCCAGUCCCUCCCCAUCGGUCAAGAGCCUGGAUGAUGGGAGGAGGAAACGGUCUGCUCCACAACGGGAGACACAGUUUCAGGCCUUCCUUCAGUUUGACUUUGGGUCCCUCAGCUCUAAUUCACAGAGAAUAUGUGGGGAAAACUAAUAGGAAGAGGAAAGGUUAGGUGUCUUGAGCUCCCAAAACGAAAGGCUGGAUAUGAAAAAUAAAUAGGUUUCUGAUUUCCAAGACUUCAGUCUACGACAGUGAUUGGCAACUGAGAGUCCUCUACAUGAUAAGGGCAACCAUGAGCUCUUGAUGAUGUUACUCUUUCAGUCAAUAAAGUUUUCUGGGACAGAUCUCUCCGUAUCUCCCAAUCUUGCGCUACUACUUUGAGAUGUUCCAUGCUCUGGCAGGUGUCCGUUUUGAUGAUGUCCAGCCAUUGUGUUCUUUAGCGACCUAUGGUUUCAUCCAUAACUGAAUAAAUCCUCCUUAUAAAGGGUCGAGAUCCUAGCGAGUGGAAGUCAUCAUUCCAGGAGUAAAGCAGAUGGUAUAACGUUGCCAAGGCUGAAUGAGGACAGCUGCCUCUCCCCCAGUGGCAUGAGCCAAUUCCAUCCCACCUGGCAAAGAGGACAUGCUUGUGAGUGCUUUCAGUUUGGGGGGGGGGGAAUGUCUACAUCUGGUGGGUACCUUCUCUGCCAUGAUGCCUACCUUGUGGAGCAUUGCCAGGCCUGCCCCCCCCCCCAGGACCGAACAUCUCUCCCUGUGACUCCUUUGCUGAGGGAGCUGUUUUUAUCCUCCCUUUGCCCAGAGUGAUAAAUUUUGUGUUUUUGCUAAUAAUUACUGAGACGUUUUCUAUUUUUAUUGAUUUGGGCCGAUUUAUUUAUUAUUGUGUGCUGCCUAGAGUCUUCUUUGAGGGAGAUGGGCCACAAUAUCAAUUUGAUUAAUCAAACGAUCAAUUUUUGGAGAGAGAGUUCUCAUGAGCAAGAAUCCUGUAAUAUCUUCAGACAUAAUGGUAUCACAAGAUUCGAGGCAACAACAACAGCAGUAGCAAAAUGUGGGAUGCUGCUGCCAUUCCCUGAAACCACACAGUGGCCUGCAAAGUGACAUCCCUUUGGUUUGCAGAGUUUGAGAUCCACGACUGUAAGAUUAUAGGUUAGUAUUUGGACAUGCUAAAUACUCUUAUUUAAUGAGUGAUGAAUGUAUUGAUAUUAUUUCUGGCUUAUUGUGCAGUCAAAGGAGCAAGAGGUUGGUUAACCUCUGCUAAGUAAUUGGUAAAUUUCUGGGUUUUCUCCUCACAAUUGUAUCCAUUUUAAUCUCAAGUUCUUCCCAUUUGUAGGAAGGAAAGAUGGGUAGAUACUGAUGAAUUCAUAUUAAAAAUGAACCAACGAUGUUCCCAUUAAACCACAGCAACCAAAUUCAACAAUCACAUAUACUUCACUCACGGAGGACCAGCUUGGGAACUGUUACUUCUUGCAUUUUAAGAAGCACAAUAGCUGCCAUAAACCUCUUCAAAAUUUAGCAUUAAUUCCGCUCUUCAUAUUUCUCAACUUCAAAAAUUGCAAAAAAAGAACAAAAACGUGGAGGGGAGAGGAAAAUCGGGGAUUAUGUGGCAUGCAUGAACCUGUCUCCUUCAGCCACCAAUUUUGCAACUUUUGCAAGUCUGGCUUAAGGUGUGGAUGGCCUAUUAACACCAGGCCUGAAGUGUGAACGGCCCCUGGGACCCUGCUGCCAUUGUUAAAGAUGAGAACGCUCAAAAACAAAAAAACAGUUACAAUUUUUGUGAGCCCCACAAAUGAGCCCAGAAUUUUGCGUUCUGAACUGGAAAAAACAAGAUUGUAGAGCUAAGCCCUCCGAGGCUUUCGCAAUUUCAUUUUCUUCCCUAUCUAAAUUUUUCAACUCUUCCAAAUAAACAGAUUUGGCAAGUUCUUUUUUUAUUUUUAUUUUUAAAAGAAGCUCAACAACUUAACAAACAUUUCCCUUGCCUCCAGCUUCCUAAUCGAUAGAAAACAAGGUGCAUUACAAUCAAGCUGGCGCUAUUUUCCCCUUUUAGUUCCACACCCAGGUUUUCUGAUGUGCGCAUCCAGAUGAGAUUCUGCUCCAUAAAUUCCUCCAGCUUGAAUUACAAAUUUGAGGUAAACGAGGGCUUUCUUUAAAAAAAGAAUAAUAAUUAUCAAGACGGAUGUUUUAGAAUUUAGAUUCCAAACUCCGCCUUGCCUUUAGUGCUUCAGCUCCUAGGGGCAGUUUUCUGUUCCUUUAUAAAUCCUAGUCGUGGAGUGACUUCUCACAGCCUGGACUUUCUUCUCAAACUUCGGACUGGUCCACGCCAUUCUUGCCUUCAUCUUCUCCUGCUCCAAAGAUCGCACAGCCAAAGGCUCAAGAGCUUCUCAAGCCAUGUUGUUGCUGUCCUCCCUGCUUUUGAUGGUCGCCUGCUUUCCCCUGGCUGCCAAAGCUGAAGUGGUGCAAGACUUCAAGAAUUGCCUGGAGUUCUUUUUGGAUAAGUUGCCACCCGGAGAUGCUCUGACGCCGGCUAACCCUGCAAGGAUUUGCCAGUUUUACAACAAUGCCUACCGCUUUGCCACCAUGUAUGACCGAGAGAAGCGCAUCCCCAUAUACUCUGCUUACAAAUGCAAACCCGGACAAGGUCCCAGGUACCGAGGUUGGAUGAUCGAGCCUCAGCUGGUAGAUCCCACUUUAGGCAAGAGCAUGGAGGAUGAGCGUCAAGCCAACGUCCCUGCUGAUAUGGUAAAAAAGAGCCAGGCCAUUUCUGAGGAUUACACCCAGUCUUUAAGUAUUGAAAAGGGACACCUGAACCCAGUGGGCCAUCAGCCGGAUGAAGACAGCCGAGCUGCCACUUCCACCCUGACUAACAUCGUGCCCCAGUUCAGCAAACUCAACCAAGAUUCCUGGGCAAACUACGAGAACCGUAUCCGGAAGGAAGCUCUGGCCUGCCUUGACAUGUACGUCAUUGCGGGCGUUGUCCCAGGGAAGGAGUACCUCUCCGACCACUGGAUCAACAAGCCCAGCCACAUCUGGUCUGCAGCGUGCUGCGUGAAGGAUAAUAAUAAGAGGGCUUCGUGGGCGGCCAUUGCCAAAAACAGUGAGAACGAAGUAAAAGAAUGGAGCUUGGAGAAACUACAGAAAAUUCUUGCUGACCUCUACGGGAGGGAGAAAGUCGACCUGUUCAACGGUUCCUGUUAAGAGAUACACAA